GCACCCGGCCCAGAGCAGGAGAUGGAUUGGGGCGCUUUGCAGACCAUUCUCGGGGGCGUGAACAAGCACUCCACCAGCAUCGGGAAGAUCUGGCUCACCGUCCUCUUCAUCUUCCGCAUCAUGAUCCUCGUGGUGGCCGCGAAGGAGGUGUGGGGUGACGAGCAGGCCGACUUCACCUGCAACACCCAGCAGCCGGGCUGCAAGAACGUCUGCUACGACCACUUCUUCCCGGUGUCCCACAUCCGGCUCUGGGCGCUGCAGCUCAUCUUCGUGUCCACGCCCGCCCUGCUGGUGGCCAUGCACGUGGCCUACCGCCGACACGAGAAGAAAAGGAAGUUCAUCAAGGGAGAGAUAAAGACUGAGUUCAAAGACCUCGAGGAGAUCAAGACGCAGAAGGUCCGCAUCGAAGGCUCGCUGUGGUGGACCUACACCAGCAGCAUCUUCUUCCGCGUCGUCUUCGAGGCCGCCUUCAUGUACGUCUUCUACAUCAUGUACGAUGGGUUCGCCAUGCAGCGCUUGGUGAAGUGUAACGCGUGGCCCUGCCCCAACACGGUGGACUGCUUCGUCUCCAGGCCCACGGAGAAGACCGUCUUCACCGUGUUCAUGGUUGCGGUGUCCGGGAUUUGCAUCCUGCUAAAUGUCACCGAACUGUGUUAUUUGCUAAUCAGAUAUUGUUCUGGAAAGUCCAAAAAACCAGUUUAGAGAGAAAAAAAAAUCGACUGCUCGAAAAGGAUGAGGCAACCCGGGCUCAGCUGUCAAGGCAGAGUCACCGGCAAUUUCCCCAAGACCGAGAUUCUUAUCUUAAACAUCUUCAACGCGACCAUUUGAAACUUCUGUAGCUCUCACGUGAAACAGCAAGCUGGCAGUCUUCUCUCCCAGAGCCAAAGAACCGAAGCUUGGCCCCAGGCCGCACUGAUUUCUACUCAGAUUAGUUCCCUGCUGGCAGCUUGUCAGAGCACGGUAGUUCCAUAUUUUGGAGAAAGGGUAUUGGCGUUUGUUUCUCUUUCUUUGUGGGAAGGGGAGAAAUGCCAGGUUCUAAAGAGCAGGCUGGGACUGUUUGGUCACCCCCCUGAGAGCCCCCUUUGCCAUUUCUCCCCGAAUUAAAGGUAAACAUAGAGAGUCUUGGCUCUUUUAUUCGCUUUGGGAGUUUUUAAUGCUUCCAACUCUGUUACACGUUUUUUCAGUGAACCCUUUAAAAUGAGGUAUGUUUUUUUUAUCCCCAAGAUGUUCUGAAAACCAUCCCAUGCUGUCUCCUGUUUCAGAGGCUGAUUGUGAUAUGUGAACGGUAUGUAAUCAGAUACUGCCAUUGAAUUUAAAAUACGGCCUCUUCCCUGUGCCACCGCGUUAACUGAGGUGACAGAAGCAUUUCGGCCUCUCUCACGUGAAACAGACCAGAAGUUCUUAGCACUGGCUUCUGACAGCAAAUGGCCUCAUCUCACAAUUUUAGGUAUCAUUUUGCAGGACAAAUACAGGCUGGAUGUACCACCAACUGCCACCAACUACAGGCGAGCUCAAGACACCUGUGUCUUCUGUCGGUGUCUGCCUUUUCCAUGACUGUGGGACGGGGAAGGACGUGAAUUUAGAGAGCCGGCUUGGGAAUGUUUUGUGUCCACAGCACAGUCUAAUGGUGCAGAACAAAAUGGGGAGGGAGGUAGUGACUGUUUCUAAAGAACAGGUAGAAAGACUGGACUCUAAACUCUGCUGAUUAAAAAUGCGUUUCGUCUUCUUCAAAGUUCCUUUGCUUCUCUCUUCAGCUUUCCAUUUCCUUAAGUGAAAAGAGAAUUAAUGAAUCUUUUAAAAAAAAAAAAAUAGAAUCUGCAGUUUAGGGAAAUAUUUAGCAGUUCUAUAGGAUAAAUGGAACUCUAAUGUUAUUAUGCUUGAAUGGCGUCCAAAAAAUGGUACUGGGUACACUUCACUAACGGUCAGCAUUUUCCUUUUGCCAAAAAAGACGUUGUAAAAACAUUUUGUAAUAGAAAAUAAGA